AUGAAGCACUUCCUCCUUCUAUUCGGCGCCGGCCUAGUUGCCGGCCUUCCGUCCAACAAUGCUGCCCGAGCUGCAGCUGAACUACCAACUCUUGGUCUGACCAACUUGACUAAGAUCGAUAUGGCCAACGGCGGCGGCUUACAAGGUCGCCGCCUAGCUGGCCCGUUCAUGGGGGUUGAUUUUCCCGAUCCGAGUAUCAUCUGGGGCGACGGUUCGUGGAAGGCCUACGGAACUUCAUCGAACGGCAAGAAGAUUCCCGUCGCCACAUCAUCUGAUACUUGGUCCUGGUCACUUACCGGUAAUGACGCUUUGCCGAACCCUGGAUCUUGGGUCGACCCUAACGACCAGGGAAUUUGGGCCCCUGAUGUGCAGAAGAACGAUGCUGGUGUGUAUGUUAUGUACUACACUGCCCGCCAGAACGGUGGUAAUCACUGUAUCGGUGCUGCAACCUCAAGCUCGGCGUUGGGACCCUUUACGCCACAGAGUCAACCGCUAAUCUGCGACGGUGCUAAUGGAGGUGUGAUUGAUGCGUCGGGUUACGAUGAUGGGGCGAACCGAUGGAUCUUGUGGAAGGUUGACGGAAACAGCCUCGGUGGCGCAACUACAUGCCAAGGCGGAACGCCUUCCGGUUCCUACCGGUCGACACCGAUUAAGAUCCAGCGUGUAGCACGAGACGCUCUAACGCUACUCGACAGCCCGAAGACGAUCCUAGACAACGAGGGUGCCUCCAACAACGGCGUAGUUGAGGCCCCUGCUCUGUAUAAGAUUGCCGACGGCAACUACGUCUUAUUCUAUAGCGCCCACUGCUACUCUAGCGAUGACUACGACGUCGAAUACGCCUUCUCCAGUACAAUCGACGGUAGCUACACCAACCGUGGCAUCCUCAUCCGCACCGUUGAUAACCGCGGUGUCUUUGGCCCCGGAGGUCUCGAUAUCGACCCCAACGGCAAGAGCGUUGUAUUCCACGGCCGCCUGAACGCAAACCAAGGAAAUGCUGCACGUGAGUUGUACAGCGCCGAGCUGACGAUCAACGGACGAUCGAUCGGUCUGUAA